GCUGUCCUCAGAGAAGAUGGAGAUGACAUAUCCGUGAGCUCAGCAGUCAGCCACAGCUUUUUCACUUCUCUUAUUACUGAGUAUGAAAAACACGUGGACCAGCUAAGUGGACAGGUGAAAUACUACCAGCAACGGAUGGGUGAGAUGAAAUUACAGCUUGAAAAUGUCAUCAAGGAAAAUGAAAGGCUGCAUGGGGAGCUGAAAGAUGCCAUUGAGAAGCAGCUGGACACUUUGCCCUUGGGCUCGGAGCUGUGCGGCGAGCUGUGCGCAGACCAGGAGACCAUCAAGAACCUCCGGGAGCAGCUGCACAUCGCCAACGAAGAGAAAGCUUGGGCUGUGGAACUCUGGCAGACAGUUUCUCGGGAGUUCAGUGCCCUGCAGAGACGUCACCAGGAGCAGACGACCAAGGCCUACAUCCACAUAGCUGAAAGCCAGAAGCAAAAGACUAACCAACACUUUCUGGAUGCAGUAACUGAACAUGUGGAAAUUGAGCAACUCCGAAAACAACUUAGGAAAUCCAAGUUAGAUCUGAGAGUUGCAGCAGCAAAAGUAGAGGAGCUGACUAGAGUGACAGAAGUCCUCCAUGAAGAGGUGCAAAAGAAGACGGAGGAUGUUAUGUCUGCCCGAGGAAGGGAGGAAGCAUCAGAUAGGCGCUUACACCAGUUACAGUGUAGCAUCAGAGAAUUAGAAGCAAGAUUAUGUGUGACAGUCCAAGAAGUCACCCAAUUAAGAGAAGACAAAGCUCACCUGGAGAAACAGACCAGAGAUCUACAAGCCAAGUGCAGUGCCUCAGAAAAUGAGAAAUAUGAGGCCAUCACAAGAGCCAGAGAGAGCAUGCAGCUCUUGGAAGAAGCCAACCUGGAGAAGAGUCAGGUCCUGUUUGAGGAGAAGCAAAAAGACGAGGAUAGAGAGAAAAUGAGGAAGACGAUCGCUCAGCUCUUGCAAGACGCCAUCACAAACUCCAGGAACAGCGUAAAGGCUGAAAGCACAAAAAUACACUAUGAGGCACAGAUUUCUCAAUUAACGGAGGAGCUCUCAGCCCUUCAAAUGGAAUGUGAUGAGAAACAAGAACAAAUUGAACGAGUCAUUAGGGGAAAGAAAGCUGUGGAAGAAGAACUAGAAAAGGUUCUCCGUGAGAGCAGAGGGACUGACAGUGACUACAGAAAGCUGGAGGAGAUGCACCACAGGUGUCUGGCCGCAGAGCGCUUAAAGGACGACCUUCAGCUAAGCCUUAAGAGGGCAGAAAACAGGAUAAAACAACUGGAAGUUAAUUCCUCAGAAGAGAUAGCGCGCUCCCAUGAAAUAAUCCAGAAACUUCAAAGUGUGUUGGAGUCUGAGAGAGAGAACUGUGGUGCUGUCAGUGAGCAAAGGCUCAGACUCCAGCAGGAAAAUGAACAGUUGCAGAAGGAGACUGAAGACUUAAGGAAAGUUGCUCUGGAAGCUCAAAGACAAGCCAAGUUAAAGAUCAGUACAAUGGAACAUGAAUUUUCAAUAAAGGAACGUGGCUUUGAAGUUCAAUUGAGAGAAAUGGAAGACAGUAAUCGAAACUCUACCAUGGAGCUGAGGCACCUCUUAGCGACUCAACAGAAGGCAGCCAGUAGGUGGAAAGAAGAAAGAAAAAAGCUGACUGAGAGUACAGAAAUUAGAAUCAGCAAUCUGAAGAGUGAGCUGAGCCGACAGAAACUUCACACCCAAGAGCUGGUGUCUCAGCUGGAAAUGGCAAAUGAAAAGGUGGCUGAGAAUGAAAAGUUAAUUCAAGAGCAUCAAGAAAAAGCCAACAGACUUCAAAGGAGACUAAGCCAGGCAGAAGAGAGAGCUGCUUCUGCAUCCCAGCAGCUCAGUGUGAUUACGGUGCAGAGAAGAAAAGCAGCCUCCUUGGUGAAUCUGGAGACUAUUUAAGAACACCCAUGAUUCAGAGUUGGGAAGCUGAUGGACCAGAAGGAUUGACGUGGCCAAGUGCAGAGAGCAGCCACACUGGUGUUGCUUUACAAGGCAUGUUCCAUUCUGUUAGGAGGGCCACGGGGAACAAAACUCUGGCAACUUCCUGUAAGUAGAAAGCCAGCCAUACCUGAGCUUCCGUGGAGAAUGAAGCCAGCUGGGACGAGCCCCUGCCGUCACUAGUGUGUCUUCUUCCCUUUCAAACUACACUAGUCAUGAGAGAGGUUUAAGAAAAUUCUAAAAUUUAGUAUUUCAGGUUCCAGGAUUUGGGGGUUUAUAUCUAAUUGUUACUCCUAACUCAUUUCCAAAGUCACUAAGAAUUAGUUUUCCUCUGAACUCAAAUGUAAUAAAUUACACACUUUCCAAAUGGUGCUGUCAUUUACUUCAGUGGGUAGUCACAGGACUUCUUUCUGACUUACAGCUUGGAAUUAUUUAUAGAACUUAGGAGUUUGCAAGUUUUUUAAUAUUGCUGAGUUCUGAUCAAAUAGAGAGCUUCGAUCCUAUGAAUUCAUAGCUCUAAGGCAUUGUAGUCCUGUGGGUGUUUGCACAUCCGUGUAAGUUAUUCUCUUCUGGCUUCUAGUGACUAGAGCAGGCUGCUGUUUUCCCGAUGAGCAGCUAGUGAGUGUGAGUUGGAGUGACCCAGAAACAUCCAUCGUUAAGAGCUCAGGACUGCUGCUAACAAAGCCAGAUGUUGCUGGGAUCCUUGGCCUCAGAAGGAGGGGCCACCUCUUCAGCCUUUUCUCAGGCCACUCUCCUCCAGUUCCUAUGCUGUAGGCUUGGUGGCACCUUUUACUUCCAUCACUGAACCGUCCUCCCUCCCCAGCCAAGUCUCUGAUACUCUUUACCCUUUAUGCCUUCUUCAGAUCUGUAGUCAGACAUCACUUCCCCAGUAGAGCCUUCCCUGGCCUCGAGGCUAGGUUCAGUCCCUGUGGCAGAAUGCUCUUAAUAGUGUGCUCUAUUUUUCCUUCCUAGUACUUGAAAGAAUUUGUAAUUAACUCUUUUUGAAGUCU